GGGGGUGGGGACGGAGAGGAGAAAAGCUGGAUUGAGUGAAGACCCUUUUGAAGGCCAGAUAAAGGGUAUACACCUUCCAGGGCAUAGAUUCAGUCAUCUACAUUUUCCCAGCAUGUCCACUUGAGGGGUUUCAGUUUCAAUUGUAGGACACAACUUUGAUCCAGAGCUAACACAGGCAAUGCUACCCCCAGCUCUAAGCAGUUUGAUGUAUGCGAGGAAGAGGAGGGUAAUGGAAGUGUUUCCCCCAAACCUGAGGAAGCUAUGGAAGGAGUGGGAGUUGCGGGUGAUGGUUUUACUCAGCCUCAGCCUUCAAAUAAUACUCAUCCUCUUCGGCAACCGCCGCAGGUACAUCAACAAAAUUUGGAUCAGAAUCCUCAUCUGGUCUUCCUAUUUAAUGGCAGACUGGGUUGCAGCUGUUGCCCUUGGUGUCAUCUCCAAUAAUCUCGGCGAUGUCAAUGAAAAUGACGCUGGAAAAGAAAGCACUGGCGAGCUCCACCCAAGUGACGAGCUCACAGCAUUUUGGGCACCAUUCCUGUUGCUGCACUUGGGGGGCCCAGACACCAUUACCGCCUACUCCCUGGAAGACAAUGAGUUGUGGUUAAGGCACUUGCUUGGGCUGUUAGUCCAAGCAGGAGUGGCAAUAUACAUCUUUCUCAUGGCCUGGACCGGUUCUCGCCUCUCCAUGCUAUCAUUUCUUGUGAUGCUCACUGGACUUAUCAAGUAUGGUGAGAGGACCUGGGUCCUCCGUUCGGCAAGCAUUGAGCAGUUCCGAGACUCAAUGCUCACUUCCCCUGAUCCAGGCCCCAAUUACCCCAAAUUCAUGGAGGAAGUCUCCUUGAAACAGGCUGAGGGGUACUUUGUAAAGGCAGAGGAGGUGAUUGAGGCUCAGGACCCCGCAAGCCUUUCCUCUGGCAGGAAUAACUCCAUUCGCGAUGCUGACGAAUUGAUCAAAGCCUAUGAUCUGUUCCAAACAUUUAAGCGCCUCUUUGUAGACCUUAUCCUGAGUUUCCAAGACAGGGACAGCAGUCAAUCUGUGUUCAAGGCAAUGCUAUUUGGGGAUGCUUUCAAAGUCAUUGAGAUUGAGCUUGGGUUCAUGUAUGAUGUGCUCUACACCAAGGCAAGAAUAAUUUACACACUCAGAGGCUGGGGUCUUCGCCUUGUAACCUUCUCUUUCACUUGUUUUGUACUGGGAUGCUUCUCUUUCACUGAUGAGCGCAAGUUCUCGGGUAUUGAUCUUGCCAUAACAUUCCUCUUGCUGGUUGUGGCAAUUCUUCUGGAGAUAUAUGCCAUACUUCUACUCCUUUCCUCAGACUGGACAGAUCGUCAAUUAAGCAAGCAUAACAAGAGUGCUUCAGUUCGCCGUGCAAUUACCUCUUUACAACUGCGCAAAACUCCUCGGUGGUCUAAUUCCAUGGCACAAUACAGCGCCCUUAGCCUUUGCCUCAAUGAAAAACCUGCAUUCUGCAUUGGAAUACAAAAAUUAUUUCACAUAGACACGAUGCUCGAGAAGCAACGCUACAUUAACUGCAAGGAAGUCCCUGUUGAAUUGAAGGAGUUCAUUUUCGACCAUGUCAAAGAAAAAUUUGACACUCUGAAGGAGAAACAGCAUGGUGAGUUUGAUGCUCAUCUUAAGGUCCUGUGUUUGUGCCGAGGAGAUCGUGUUCUCGAAAAGUAUGGGUUUCUCACACUGGAUUGGAGUACUAAAUUUGAGUUAAACCACAGCAUUUUGAUCUGGCACAUUGCUACAGACAUCUGCUACUACGUUAAUCGUGGCAGAAUUUCCAAUACAACAAUCAUGUCAAAGUGUAAAAUGAGCAGGCGAGUAUCCCGAUACAUGCUGUAUUUACUAGUUAUAUAUCCAUUCAUGUUGCCAAUUGGGAUUGGUCAGAUCAGAUUUCGAGACACUUGCACAGAAGCCACCAGAUUUUUCAAAGAAAGGAAAUGCAUAUCAGAAGAGAAGCAAUCCUACUCUUGGGUUUUGAAUUGUUUCAGAAGGAAAAAAUCCUUAUCGUCAGACAUAAAAGAAGCCUGCAAUAAGUUGCUCGGAGUGAACACUUCUAUUCCGCCGACUAAAGUGAAAGGAGACAGAAGCAAAUCUGUGUUGUUUGAUGCAUGCAGGCUAGCAGGAGAGUUGCAGAGCAUAAGAGAUGAAAAUAUCAAGUGGGAGAUGAUCAGCAAUGUGUGGGUGGAGAUGCUGGCUUAUGCUGCAAACCAGUGCAGGGGAAACUACCAUGCUCAGCAGCUGAGACGAGGCGGGGAACUGCUCACUCACGUCUGGCUCCUAAUGGCACAUUUUGGAAUAGCAGAGAGUUUUCAAAUAUCACAGGGCCAUGCGAGGGCCAAGCUGGUGGUAAUGUAAUUUAACUCUGUACAAGACAACAGGGGCCGGAUCCCUCUUUCUAUUGCUUUUUUUUUUUUUUGUGGGCUGGGACUGCGAAUGAGGCCUUAUCUGGAAUCGACAAAGUUUUUUCUUCGCUCUAA